AUGCCUUCUUAUGCUAAGUUCUUGAAAGAGAUCCUAUCUAACAAAAGGAAGUUGGAAGAAUACGAGACUGUGGCCCUUACUGAGGAGUGUAGUGCUAUCAUCCAGAAUAAGAUGCCUCCUAAGCUUAAGGCUCCAGGUUCAUUUUCUAUUCCUUGUGUUAUUGGUAAUGUCUCUAUUAACCGUGCUUUGUGUGAUUUAGGUGCAAGCGUAAGUUUGAUGCCGAUGUCUAUUUGUAAGAAGCUUGGCAUUGGUGAUUUGAAGCCAACCAUGAUAUCACUCCAAUUGGCGGAUCGAUCGGUAAAAUAUCCGAUAGGUAUACUUGAAGAUGUACCUAUCCAGGUCGGUAAAUUCUUUAUCCCGAUUGAUUUCGUUAUUUUGGAAAUAGAACAAGAUUCUAACAUUCAAAUUAUAUUAGGAAGACCCUUCCUUACUACUGCAGGUGCUAUAAUCGAUGUUAAAAAUGGAAGGUUCUCUCUAAAUAUUGGAGGGGAGACGGUAGAAUUUGAUUUAAACAAUACUAUGAAACUCCCUCUAACUGAUAAAAUUUGUUACAGGGUUGACAUCAUUGACAAGUGUACCCUUGAGCAAGUUGCAAACCAUAACUCAGCUGAUCCACUUGAGAAGUGUUUGGUAUACGACAGUUCAAUAAAUGAUGAAGACCCCGAGGUAGCCGCGUAUGCUCAAUCUUUAGAAUCAACAUCAAUUGCUCCACUUCGAAAUGCAAAGCUUGAAAGAUUGAUGCUAGAGCCAAAAGGUUUUAUUUGUGAAGAGGAUAAUGCACCAAAGGUAGAAUUAAAAUCCCUCCCUUCCUCUUUAAGGUAUGAAUUUCUUGGCCCUGAUUUUACUUAUUGUGAAUGCAUGUCUGAAUGA